GUCCUCCCUGGGGGAGGGGGGGGGCGCGGGGCCCGGAGCUGAGCCGCAGCCGGAGGACCGAGGUAACAAGAUGGCGGAGAGGACGUGAGUGCCCUGUCCCCCCACGUGGAGAACCAUCAUGCAGAAACCUAGCGGCCUGAAGCCCCCCGGCCGGGGGGGAAAGCACUCAAGCCCCAUGGGUAGGACCUCGGCUGGCUCAGCUUCCUCCUCCGCCUUGCCAUCGGCGGCCACCGGCUCCAAGGAAGGGUCCCCGCAGCACAAGCCCACGCCGGCCCCAGCCCCGGGCCCCGCCGCGCCCGGCCCCGCCGCCCCCGAGAAGCCGGGCCCGCGGGCGGCCGAGGCGGGCGACGAGUCGACCGGUGACUUCGAGGUGGGCGAGCGCGUGUGGGUGAACGGCGUGAAGCCGGGCUCGGUGCAGUUCCUCGGGGAGACGCAGUUCGCGCCCGGGCAGUGGGCUGGCGUGGUGCUGGACGAACCCGUGGGCAAGAACGACGGCGCGGUGGGCGGCGUGCGCUACUUCGAGUGCCCGGCGCUGCGCGGCAUCUUCACGCGCCCGUCCAAGCUGGCGCGGCAGCCGGCCGAGGGCGCCGAGCGUGAGGCGCGCGAGCCCCGCGAGCCACUCACCGCGCACAACCUGUCCCUGCACGCCAGCAGCGCCACGCCGCCGCCCGGCCGCGCCCUGCCGCUGCGCGACGCAGUGCUGGGCUCCGGCAAGGCCGGCAACGAGUCCGGCUCCAACCUGUCCGACAGCGGCUCGGUGAAGCGGGGUGACAAGGACCUGCGGCUGGGAGACCGCGUGCUGGUUGGUGGGACGAAGACGGGUGUGGUGCGGUAUGUGGGGGAGACCGACUUUGCCAAGGGCGAGUGGUGUGGCGUGGAGCUGGACGAGCCCCUGGGGAAGAACGACGGCGCGGUGGCGGGCACCAGGUACUUCCAGUGCCCACCCAAGUUCGGCCUCUUCGCGCCCAUCCAUAAGGUGAUCCGCAUUGGCUUCCCAUCCACCAGCCCGGCCAAGGCCAAGAAGACGAAGCGCAUGGCCAUGGGCGUCUCUGCACUCACCCACAGCCCCAGCAGCUCCUCCAUCAGCUCCGUCAGCUCCGUGGCCUCCUCCGUCGGGGGCCGGCCCAGCCGCAGCGGUCUGCUCACGGAGACGUCCUCACGCUACGCCCGCAAGAUCUCGGGCACCACGGCCCUGCAGGAGGCGCUGAAGGAGAAGCAGCAGCACAUCGAGCAGCUGCUGGCGGAGCGCGACCUGGAGCGCGCAGAGGUGGCCAAAGCCACCAGCCACAUCUGCGAAGUGGAGAAGGAGAUCGCGCUGCUCAAGGCACAGCACGAGCAGUACGUUGCAGAGGCAGAGGAGAAGCUGCAGCGGGUGCGGCUGCUGGUGGACAGUGCGCGGAAGGAGAAGGUGGAGCUGUGCAACCAGCUGGAGGAGGAGAGGAGGAAGGUGGAGGACCUACAGUUCCGUGUGGAGGAAGAGUCUAUCACCAAGGGGGACCUGGAGACCCAGACCCAGCUGGAGCACGCCCGCAUUGGGGAGCUGGAGCAGAGCCUGCUACUGGAGAAGGCGCAGGCCGAGCGGCUGCUCAGGGAGUUAGCGGAUCACAGGCUGACCACGGUGGCUGAGAAGUCUCGGGUCCUGCAGCUGGAGGAGGAGCUGACCCUGCGGCGCGGUGAGAUCCAAGAGCUACAGCAGUGCCUGCUGCAGUCGGGGCCGCUGCCCGCGGACCACCCCGAGGCGGCCGAAGCGCUGCGGCUGCGAGAGCGGCUGCUGUCCAGCGCAGAGCAGCUGCAGGAGAGCGGCACGCUCCGGGACAAGUACGAGGAGGCUCUGAAGGCCUACCAGGCCGAGGCGGACAAGCUGCGGGCGGCCAACGAGAAGUAUGCGCAGGAGGUAGCUGACCUGAAGGCCAAAGUGCGGCAGGCCACGCACGAGAACAUGGGCCUCAUGGACAACUGGAAGUCCAGGCUGGACUCGCUGGCCUCAGACCACCAGAAGUCCCUGGAGGGGCUCAAGGCCACGCUGAGCUCGGGCCCUGGAGCCCAGCAGAAGGAGAUCGGGGAGCUGAAGGCGGUGAUAGAGGGCAUCAAGAUGGAGCACCAGCUGGAGCUGGGCAACCUGAGAGCCAAGCAGGACCUGGAGACGGCCAUGCAUGCCAAGGAGAAGGAGGGCCUGCAGCAGAAGCUGCAGGAGGCCCAGGACGAGCUGGCCGGCCUGGAGCAACAGUGGCAGGCCCAGCUGGAGGCCCAAGCCACCCAGCACCGGCAGGAGCUGCAGGAGGCCCAGGACCAGUGCCGGGACGCCCAGCUCCGGGCGCAGGAGCUAGAGGGUCUGGACGUGGAGUACCGUGGCCAGGCGCAGGCCAUUGAGUUCCUCAAGCAGCAGAUUGCCCUGGCUGAGAAGAAAAUGCUAGACUUUGAGCUGCUGCAGCGGGCCGAAGCCCAGAGCAAGGCGGAGGCCGAGACUCUGCGGGAGAAGCUCCUGGUGGCCGAGAACAGACUCCAGGCGCUUGAGUCCCUGUGCUCAGCUCAGCACAGCCAUGUGAUCGAGGCCAACGACAUUUCGGAGAAGAAACUGAGCAUGAAGGAGAUGGUGGAGGACCUGCAGGACAAGCUGCACAAGAGGGACAAGGAAGUGAUGGCAUUGACAUCUCAGGCUGAGACGCUCGGGGCCCAAGUAAGUGCGCUGGAGGCCAAGUGCAAGGCUGCAGAAAAGAGAACGGAGGCGCUGCUGAAGGAGAAGCGGCGUGUGGAGGCCGAGCUGGACGCUGCGGCCCGCAGGACCCACGACGGCUCAGGCCAGCUGGUCACGCUCAGCCGGGAGCUGCUGCGGAAGGAGCGGAGUCUGAAUGAGCUUCGGGUGCUGCUCCUGGAGGCCAAUCGCCAUUCACCAGGCCCUGAGCGGGACCUCAGCCGCGAGGUGCACAAGGCCGAGUGGCGGAUCAAGGAGCAGAAACUGAAGGAGGACAUCCGGGGCCUGCGAGAAGAGCUCAUGGGGCUGGACAAGGACCGGGGCCUGGCAGAGCAGAGGCGCUUCUCCCUCAUCGACCCCACGUCGGCGCCCGAGCUGCUGCGCCUGCAGCACCAGCUGCUGAGCACCGAGGACGCGCUGCGCGAGGCCCUGGAGCUCACGCGCCAGGUGGACAAGCUUGUGGAGGCCAUGCGGGGUCCUGACAGGGCCCAGACCUUCACUUCCGGUUCUGCCAAUGGCAUCCACCAGCCAGACAAGGCCCAGAAGCAGGAGGACCGGCACUGACCCCACGGGACCCGGAGGCGGCGCGGCCCGGGCUGGACAACAUAGCGCUGUGACCACAGGACCUUCGCCCCUGCCGGACCAGGUGCCUGGAGCUCGCCAUCCACUGCGCGGCCCACGCCCCGCCCUCACCCGGUCAUGAAGAAGCUUCUGGAACUUUUGGGGGGAGGCUGAGAUGACGCUGCCAGAGUCCUCUCCCAGAGCAAGCCACCCUGCCACCUGCCUGGGUGCCCGGGCUAGGUGGUGCCUCUCGCUGCCCCCUCCCCUGGCCCCCGGGACAGGACAGCCUGGAGAUCUGCACCUCCUGGGGGGCCUCCAUGCCCUGGUCUUCCUGCCCAGGAGGGCCUGCUGGGGGACAGGGCUCCCUGCCAGCCGCAGUAUUAUGCCCACCGCCAGCCCCUCUCCGCCCUGGCCUGGAGCCGGGGUGCCCAGGGCUGGUCCCAUGUUCUCCCUGGGCCAUGCAGCCUGGCCACUGUCCAUGCCUUGUAGUUGAGCCCAGUGGCCGCAAGGCAAGCAUGGCACAUGUGGGCAGUGCCCAGCCUCCGCCUGGCAGCAGCCAGAGCCCCACACAAGCCAGCGGGGUGCGGCGCCCAGGCUGCAGCGGCCUCCCUGCUGGCCCCACGUCGCAGCUCCCCACAGCUCCCCCUAGCCGUGGGGCAGGACGGGCAGUCCAGUACCCCCAGGUACUGGCUGGCGGGGGUCACGGUCACCCCAAGGCAGCUAUGGGGUACAGCCUUGUCCCCGCCCUGUGCCCCCCACUCUCUUCUGGCUUCUGUAGCAGAUUUAGUAACAUCAGCUUGGAAGCAAUGCGCGUUAGAGGCCUGGCCAGAGACAGCACGGCUGCUUCUAGCACAAUCCAGCAGCUGGAGUACUCGCAGGCCAGUCAGGGAGGGUGGCGCGGCAGGUGUGUGACAAGCCAUGUGGAUGGCCUGCUGCACGUGUGGCCACUGGGUGCCCUCCCCCGCCCUGUCCCCUUCCCCCUCCCCUUCUCCCCCCCUCCGCCCCUUGGAAUCGUGGAAGCGUGGCUCGUCUGUCUCCGGGCAAUAAAGCUUGUGACUAGGAGCCUAGUGGUCCUGCAGGACUCUGUGUGGGUGCCUGGGUGGGGACCCCGAAUCACCCCAGGGCAGCACCCCUCCAGGGGUACCAGGAGGGGAGCUGCUCCUCACUUCCUUGUCUGUUGCCAGCUAGUGCCUACUCACCUGUGAAUGGCUGCGGGGGGUGCCUCUGAGAGGCUGCAGUAGAC